AUGAAAGAGUACUCGGAUGUUGUGUUGAUUGUGGAGGAUGAGAAAUUCUAUGUCUCAAAACUAUUUCUGGCUUCUCACUGCACCUAUUUCAACUCUCUUUUCUUCGGAAAAUUCGGAGAAGCAGAUAAAUCGGAAGUAGAAAUCAAGGAGAUUCAAGCGGAGGACUUCCAAAAUUUUAUCGAAUUGAUAAAUGGAGAAUCGUUUGUCGAUGACUCUACUGUCAACGGACUUCUUCAGUUGGCUGAUUUCUUCGAUUCCAAAACUGCAUACAGAAGAUGCGAGGAGUUUCUGAUGAAUAGUACGAAGAAGUCACUCAGAGAAAAAGUUGGAUUAGCCAUCAAGUACAAUAUCGAUAAAUUGAAGGAAAAGUGCAUUUCGAGCAUGAAAACUGUUGAUGAAGUGCAUUCAGUUCUUCCCGAAGUUUCGAGUCAAGUCGCCGAUUCUGUCUGGAAAGAAUUGUUGAUGAAAACGCUCUCUUUCUCCAAAUAA